CAUUGGGAGCUGUGGGCACGUACAGUUAGAGUGACGAGGAACGCUAGGGAGGAAGAGUAACGCCUCUUUUGUGCUCUGGAGACUGGGAGCUGUUCUUUUCAGUUACCGAGAGGAAUCGAGGAAAGGAGAGAGAGAUAGGGAUAGAGAGAGAACAGGGACAAGAAGAAGGUGAGGGGGAAGAAAGAAAAUCAGGAGGGAGGGAGAAAGAGAGAGAGAGAGAAAGAAUGGGUCCCAGGAGCAAGCCCUGUCAAUAACAUCGUUUAAAAAGGAGCUGUCCAUUUCAGCACCAGCGCCGGGCAGUCAAAUGCCUUCACUAAACAUGAACUACAAGGCGUUCAGCCGCUGUCCUCUUCGAGACUAAGCUCAGCCAGAAAGAAAUAUCUAUGUCCAACCCCGUGCUUGUCUGAGAAUAGAAGAACUGCGAGGAUUUCAUGGCGUUGGGAGCAAAUCUGACCAAGACUGAAGACGGCUGCGUUAUUUGCCGAGACUCUGAACAGGAGCUGUUCCAGGGACUCUGCUCCUCACUGCUAUCGAUCUUUUGAAGCUCUCUCAGAAAUAGCCAUCACUUAUGGAAACUGGGGAUCAGAAUUUUAGAAAAAAGGAUUAACUUAUCUAUUUUUGGGGCUUUUCUUUGUUUUUUACUGAAAAAAUUAUAAAUAUAUAUAAAUAUAUAUAAAGAUAUAUUGGAUUGUAACUGAAAUUGGUCCCGCCUUGCCCCCCCCUUCUUUUUGUCACUAUUCUCCUUUUGUUUCAUUUUCGAAAGGGGGGAAUCUUUUCUCAACUACCUGACAGAGAAAAGGAGAGAGAGAGAGAGAGAGAAAGUGUGUGUUGGGUCCGAAUAUAAUGACGAAGAAUGGGGCUGUUUGAUCGCGGAGUGCAGAUGCUGCUGACCACGGUGGGGGCUUUUGCAGCCUUCAGUCUAAUGACCAUUGCUGUAGGGACAGACUAUUGGCUUUACUCCAGAGGGGUUUGCAAAAGCAAGACGGUCAGUGAAAAUGAAACCAGCAAAAAGAACGAAGAAGUGAUGACACACUCGGGAUUAUGGAGAACCUGCUGUCUUGAAGGAAAUUUUAAAGGUUUAUGUAAACAGAUCGACCACUUCCCAGAAGAUACAGAUUACGAAGCAGAUGCUGCUGAAUACUUCUUACGUGCUGUGCGAGCAUCCAGUAUCUUCCCUAUCCUCAGCGUCAUCCUGCUCUUUAUGGGGGGGCUCUGCAUCGCAGCCAGUGAGUUCUACAAAACUCGACACAACAUCAUUCUCAGUGCGGGCAUUUUCUUUGUCUCUGCAGGUUUGAGUAAUAUCAUUGGCAUCAUAGUGUACAUAUCUGCCAACGCAGGAGACCCAGCCAAAAGCGACUCCAAAAAGAACAGUUACUCUUAUGGAUGGUCCUUUUACUUUGGAGCUCUGUCCUUUAUCAUUGCAGAGAUGGUGGGAGUGUUAGCUGUCCAUUUGUUCAUUGACAGACACAAACAGAUCCGAGCCGGGGCCAGAUCCGCAGAUUACCUGCAAUCCUCGGCGAUCACUCGCAUCCCCAGUUACCGGUACCGCUACCGACGGCGCAGUCGGUCGAGCUCCCGGUCCACGGAACCCUCUCACUCCAGAGAUGCCUCACCGGUUGGUCUCAAAGGCUUCAACACGCUACCCUCCACCGAGAUCUCCAUGUACACUCUCACCCGAGACCCCCUGAAGACCACCAGCUCCUACAACUCUGAGCGCGACCACAACUUCCUGCAGGUUCACAACUGCAUUCAGAAAGAGCUGAAGGAUUCAUUACACACUAAUACAGCGAACCGCAGAACAACACCUGUAUAAAACACUGGACGCUGCAGAAAGAGGGACAGAGAGAGAGAGAACAAAACAGAGGAACAACAACAAAAAAAUUAAUAAUUUACAAAAAAAGGAGAAUAUUAAAAGUUAUUGCAUGAAAACCCAAUUCCAUUGCAAAAAAAAUGCAAAAGUUACUUUGUCAAAAAAAGUUUAAAAUCGAAAACGAGGAGGAAAAAGAGAGGGGCAGAUGUGAUGAUGCAGAAGGCUUGAAGUUCUGCAAAAGGAUGGAUUGACGACAGAGAGGAGUGUGAGAGGGACAGUUAGGAUGAGGGUUUUUUUGUUCAUUUCUCAAAUGAAUUUAAAACGCCAUUUAUCGUCGAAUUUUUUUGUUUCUCGUAACUAUUGUUUCCCUGCCGAGAAUGGGAGGCGAUGGUUUUCGUUAAAAGGUCAUGAGCUUGCUGAAGAAUUUAAAACAUAUUUAAAAAGGAGAAAAAAAAGGACACAUCCAUUCUUUGAGACAACUACAAAGCGGGGAGGAUUUUAGUAAAACAAAAGAAACACAAGACUGGAACAGCAUCAAAUGUCAGUUUUUAAUUUUGCUCGGCCAUUGAAUGAAGUGAUCAUUUAUCAAAGGAAAUUGGAACAUUAAAACAGAAAAUAUAUGUAUUCUUUACAAAAACAAAAGACAUUUUAUUGGUGUGUGGCAAGCUGAGGAUUUGAGAAAUUUGCAUGUGAUGAUAAUGACGCUCCUCUUCCGACCAAAAAAACACUCAAAUCAAGAAUUUCAAAACAAGAAAUUUUUUUAACGAUUUCAAUUAUUAUUUAAGAAAAACAAAAUGAUAAAAAUGGAAUGGAAUUUUGUGUGGAGCAGGAAUGGAGAGGGUUUGAUCGAAACAAGAAGCUAUCAGCUUUUAUUUCCAAAGUUUCCUAAUUUUGGUCUAACUUUAGGAUGACCAUGACAAUUCUUUGAAGGUGUGAGGAUGGACUGAAAGCAGGAGGAGAGAGAGACGGGGGGAAAACGGGGCGAAAUGGUAUGUGUGACCUCUCUAAAAUCAGGAAACUCUAUGUGCGAGUGUGAUACUGUGGUGUUUAACUCAUUUCAUGCCAAAUUUAAAAAAAAUCAAAAAAAUUUCAAAAAAAUGAAAUAAAAUCUACCAAAAAAAAGCUUUCAUAUAUUUUAUUUUAAAAAAAUAAAAAAAGACAUUUUCUAUGGUUUGAACAAGGAAUAAAAAAAGAAAAUUAAAUUCAAACAUCCGAUACAUCCACAAUGGAAUAUUUUAAAUAUGGUUUAACAAAACAGAAAAAGGAUUCAUUGUGGGAUCCACUAGAAAUAUUUAAGAGAAUUGAAAGAUUAAUUUUAAGCUGAGAUGAUUGUACAAUGGAAGAGCUUUUAAACAGAUAAAAAAAAAUUCUCAGCGAGCUAAAGAAACUCCGCUUGCCAAAACCCUGAAAACACAAUCUUUCUUUUUCCCAAAUAAUGAUUUCCAGAAUCAAAACCUGAUUGAGUUGUGGGAAAGAGAAUGGGAUCUGGUUAUCUUGUAAGAUUCACUUCGUUGGAAGAAAUCAAAACCCAUCAAUUUAUCUCAAUUGUUACAAUUAUUUUCUUUUUUUGUUUGCAGACUGUUAAAAAAAACC